GGGGAAUGAAAACACUGACGGACUGAUGUAGGCGCGGUGAUAGCUUCCUGUUUAGAAGGAAAACGUCAGACCUGAUUCCCUGACGGACUGACGGUGUUGUGAGGAGCGGAGGAGCCAUGCCUUUCCUGCACGGCUUCAGAAGGAUCAUCUACGAGUACCAGCCGCUGGUAGAUGCUGUGAUGCGUGUUGUUGGACUGGAGGAAGGAGGUGAUGGAGAUGGAGGUGGUGGGGAGGAGGACAGAGUCAGAAGUCCUGCGGACGAGUCCGGUCGAUGUAGUUCUCUGGUGGAGCUUCUGGAGAGAGAGUCCCAGUCAGAAGUGUUUGUGGAAGGCAUCAGCUACGCUCUGUAUAGAGUGGCAGAGAGGGGACUGGGUUAUGCAGCUGAAAUCCUGCUGCGCUACGGAGCUUAUCUAAACUUUGAAGACCCAGUGUCGUACUACAAUCCUCUACAUGUAGCAGUUUUACGGAACAGGCCAAAUAUGGUGAAGCUGCUGGUUGGGCAUGGAGCAGACAUUGAGAAGAGGGACAGGAUCCAUGAGAGCAGUCCAAUGGAUCUGGCCAGUGAGGAGUCGGAGAGACUCCCAUGUCUGCUCACUCUGCUCGACUUGGGUGCCGAUGUGAAUGCAAGCGAUAAAAAUGGAAAAACCCCUCUGCUCCAUGCCAUGGCGAGCAGCGAUGGACUCACAGUGAACAACACAGAGAGCAUCCAGCUUCUUCUUGAGAGAGGUGCUGACGCGAAGGCUGUCACUGCACACGGGGAAGCAGUUGAAUCCUUGUUGGUGUUUCUGAUUAAAGAGGCUCUGGACGCCAGCGCGGAGGACGCUGCAGAGAUCGGUAAAUUCUGCCUGAAAACCACACAGCUUUUGCUGACUCAUGGUGUGGACCCCAGCUGCUGCAUGAAUGAGGAUGGUGAUCCCUCCCUGACACAGACAAGCCUGGAGCACUUUGACCAUUUCUUCCCCCUGGCUGUGCUCUUGAUGCAAAGCGGAGCUGCUUUGAAGUGCACCUAUCAUAGCGACUCCUGUUGGUCAGGCGAGAGCCUCCUCUUCGGGCGGCUCCAGGAAGCCCUGCAGCAGUGCUCUGAUCAAAGUCACGCGUCCGAGCUCGUGGAGCAGGCCGAGGUGUUGCUUGACUUAGCGAGGGUAAAUGUCCCCAUGCUGCCUUUGAGCUCGGAGCCUCCUGCACCUGGUCAGGACCCUCACCCUUAUGCUCAGGCUCUGGUGGACCUGCAGAGGAGGGUGGCAGAGCAUGACACCAGCCCCCCUGCUUUGCGCUGCCUCUGCAGGGCAUUCAUACGGACCCACCUGCAGCCCUGGCCAGUGGAAGACAGAGUCAAUGCCUUGCCAUUACCGGACAGAAUGAAAGACUUUCUUCUGCCUGAGCGCACAUAUAAACCAAAACCUGGCUGGGACUGCUUCAAACCCCAGUCUUCGUAGCCAACACUGAUGAUAAAUGCUUCAGGCUGGUUUGUGUUCUACCCAAAAUCUGAAAAUAUAUUAAUAAAAGAACAGCCCUAAAGGACUUUAACCAGAAUGACACUCAGUAGAAUGCAUACCUCCACCAGGGCCCAACAGUCUCUUAAUGAAACCACAUUUAGAUGAAUUAGAUCCAGAUUUGUAUUCACAAACUCAUACAAAUCAGUUCCCUAAACAUCCCUAAAUUAUCUAUCAUCAAUAUCUAUAAACUAUUUUAUCAGAAAUCAUCUCAGAGCCCAUCAGCUAUCAUCUGAUGAUAAAUUAGCCUCUGAAAGCAACAGCCAAUCAUUUGGGGCUUCCAGUGUAAAUUUUAAAUGGCCUUUAUUUAUUUAGAGCUUGUCUUGUACACUAUUUACUGAGUCAUCAAGUGAAAAAUUUGGAAAAUCCUCCUAUCCCCCGAUUUUAAAGAGAGUGAAAUCAUAUUCCUGGAUCCGCCCCCAGAUCAGCAUCAAAAUUCAGUGAGUCAUAGAUUAUGCCGUGCCGCUCCAGAAAGUGGUUCAGUAGUUUUUACCUUAUCCUGCUAACACACAAACAAACCUGAACAUGAAAACAUACUAAUACCUGGGCUCAGGUCCAACAAAAUGUAAGCUAAUCCUUAGAAACCAUUGAGGCCUUUGUUGAAUUCUCAUAAUGUGUUGUCCUUGCCAAAAUUACAGGCAAAACAUUUGUAUGUUUCCUUAAUUUACAAAGCUAUGUAUGUUCAAACUGGUGUUUGAGUUGUUGCUAAGUUGUUUACGUUGAACUGCCAGGUGAACAAACUGAAAGUGCAGAGGAAGUUGCCGUUCAGAAUAAAUGCCACAGGAUGGCACUGUUGCUCCUGCAGAAGGGAAGUAGCCCAGCUAGCAGGGCCAGAGAUUUAGUUAUUCUCAGUGCAGCCCAUUAAAGUUGUUCUAGCGCAGUAGAGUCCAUCUAUAUUUUAUCUCCUCAACUGGAUGGUGAUGUGUUGUGGAAUUUGUGUGUCAUCUCGCUCCUUAUGAAGACAGACCAAUAAAACAGCUGUGUGCUUCACCA